CUAAUACAGCUCAUGAAUGUAAGAGGGACUUAGUGAUGGAAGGUGUUAAUUUAUUCCUUCUUCAACAAUUGUGCAAUCUUAUUGGAAAUGUAGUAGGAGGUGGAUUGUAUGGUGAUCAUGGGAUUGACUCCAAUUGCAGUUGGCAGGACACUAGCAUCGCAAACAAACCAACCUUCAGCUUCCCAACUCAGACCAUUCUCAUCCACAACACCCUCUUCCUCGAUUGAGCCCAUUCAACAACUUCCUAUCUGAUGAGCUGUAAGAUAGAGGGUCCAAUACUCAUCCUUGGAACUAAGCCCUCCUACAAUGGGAACGUUAUCCAAAAACUCCUGCAAACUUUCUUCUGUAAGACCUUUGCAUUUAAUUCUCUGGCCAUCGCUUUGAUAGGUUUCCACUUCCACUGCUCCAGCUGCAAUCAGAACCUUUAACACCUGUCUCAACCCAAUCUUUAGAUUUUCUUUAUCCACUUCACUUAACCGGUACUUUAUCUUCCCUUCUUCCAUUACUUCUCUUGAAUCCUGGUGUCUAAUCAGUGUGAAAAGGUGAGCCAUCUUGGAUACCUCACUAUUCUUUCCUGUUGAAUGUAUUUUCUUGUUAAUUUUUAGAUUAUGUGUAUUAGGAAUAAUGAUUCAGUAAACAGAAGUUAGUUAGAGUAGUUAACAGUUGGUUAGUUUGGUUAGCCAGUUGACUAUUCUUCCUGUACUGUAUUAAAUACUGUUCUUUUCCUCAUUAAUGAUUAAGUGAGAAAUAUUUCAGCUAUGAUCUUGAUAUGGUAUCUAAGCUAGAGAUUUACUUGGAAUAGCUCUUUUUUUUUCCCUCUUUUCUUUUCUUUCGUUUUCUCAUGGCAGAUGAAACAAUACCUACUGGUGAUACAUCUCGCUAUUCUUCUAAUGUUGAAGGAGUAGCUCAUACACAAGGGUUUAGUAGCAUGGCUUCACAGACUGUUCAUUAUUUUUCCAAACACAAUACGAUCAAACUAGGGGAGCACAACUUCUUGUUAUGGAAACAUCAGAUCUUGUUGAUUCUUGAAGGUUAUGAUCUUGAAGGUUUUUUUUUGCAGGACAAGUUCCUAGCUUCUUGUUUACUUUCUAUAGUGACAGAUGAAGUUCUGGUACAUAUUGCAACGACCAAGACUAGCUGUGAUAUUUGGACUGGAAUUGAAAGGAGGUUUGGGGCCAAGUCUAAUGUCAAGCUCUCGAGCAUGCGUCAUGCGUUGUAUUCUCUCAAGAAAGGGAGUUUUACUGUUAAAGAAUAUUUGACUAAGGUGAAAAAUCUUAGUGAUAGUCUCACUAUAGCUGGUAGUGUGGUCACUGAACAUGAACAUGUGAGUAUCAUACUGGCUGGUCUUUCACUGGAGUAUGAAUCUGUCCGUGUGAUUGCCUCUGCCACAACAAUGUCUUUUGAAUUGUUAACAGAGAUGUUUCUUGAUUGUGAAGCGCGACAGUUGGCUUCUCUGACUGAGUUACCUUUGCAAGCUAAUUUGGCAGCUCAUCAAAAGGAGAGUAACGUACGAGGCAAGUUUCUAUGGGGAAUGGUGAUUUUGUUUCGAUUGUUAACAUCGGCACAUCCAACAUGCAGGCUGGUUUUAGGUUGUUACGCCUAAAGAAUGUGCUCCAUGUUCCCACUGUGAUAUUCUAACCAAGAAAACUCUCCUAGUGGGCCGCAUGUAUAAUGGUUUCUACAAGUUUGAUACUUCUCGAUUGGUCUCCAACAGUAGUGGUGCAUCUUUUCAGCCUAGUGUGUCGUUAUACAUAGCUUAAAAUGUGUUUUCACUUACAAUGUGACAUAGUCGACUAGGCCAUCCAUGUAACAAUGUUCUUGUUAAUGUUUUGCGUAGUUGUAAUGUUUCCUUCAAAUAGCACUCUAUCUCCUUUUUGUUCAGCUUGUUAGUUAGGCAAAACUCAUAAAUUAUCGUUCAAUCCAUCGGAAACCUUGUACUCGUUGCCUUUUGAAUUAGUAGAAUAAGAUGUUUGGGGCCCUGCUCAUUUAAAAUCAAA